AUGGCAGAUACGGGCAGAUACCGUAUCUGUGGCAGCGUUGCCUCUCACCAUCUCAUUGCUGGUCCCGGAACACCCGUAACAACAUCAUUCCAAUUAUGUCCUAAGUCAAAACUGCCCUUGGAGCCACUAUCCUCCAAUCCUAGAGACCACCCCUCAGGUAUAUUUACCGCUGCCCUAGGCUCCAACAGAGGUAGUGGUUGA